AUGGAGCCGACCUCGGGGCCUCGCCGGAGUUCCACCCAGGAGCCGGAUGGCCCAUACGACGGAGCGGAUCGCAUCAGCGCCCUCCCCGACGACCUGCUCCUCGACAUCCUCGCCCGCCUCCCCUGCGCCGGCGCCGCCGCGCGCACUGGCGUCCUCUCCCGCCGGUGGCGCGGCCUCUGGGCCCGUCUCCGCCAGAUCAUCUUCCGCGACGUGCCCUUCCUCUCGCUCGAGGCGGCGCUCGGCCGCGUCCCUCCUCCCCCGCCAGCGGUUACCCUCCUCGAAAUCCGCGUCCCCCAGAAGCGGUGGCGCAGCGUCUUGGCCAUCCCCAACGAGGACCAGGUAGGCAGGGCCGUCGUCAAUUCGCUGCUCCGGGCCGCGGCGCGGCUCGCGCCAGAGAAGCUCGUCUUCCACCUUCCUGCCUACUUAAUCGGCCGUUUCCGUCUCGCCGUCGACCUGCCUCGCCUGGACGGCGCCACCUCCAUCGCGCUGGGCUUUCCCUCCCCCUACUCCCUACGCUUGCCGGACGGUGCCGAGUUCCCAGCACUCGAGGCGCUGUCCCUGACAUACUGCAGCACCGACCUCGACGCCUGGCUCUCCUGCUGUCCGCGCUUGCGCACGCUCCGCGUCUGCAGGGUCUUGUUUCCUAACCACAAGUGCGACAUUAGGGUCAAUUCCCUGUCGCUGCAGGAGCUUGUUGUGUACCGCGAGCUCAGCUUGACACAGCAAGUCGACAUCGUUGCGCCAGCGCUGAAGGAAUUGACCAUGUCAUUUAGAACAAAGAAGCUGAUCAGCAUCACUCUCUUGACACCAUUGGUGGAAAAGGUUUCGUGGCACUGCUACUACUCGGGGCCGUAUAUUGUGUUUGGUCUCUGGGGCAUCAACAAGUUGCAGCUACAGACGGCAGACAAACAAGGACAGCUAUCCUCGCUGCAAAUUCAUGCCUACGCGGACACGUCUUUUCUUCACGCCGAGGCGGGCAACUUCGCGCAGGAGAUAGAGAAACAUAUGGUUGCCGCCUUCUCUGUUUUAGAGCUGCAUCUCACAGCAAAGAGGCAUGCUUUUGGAGUGUUUGUGUUUCAUCUCCUUGGGAUGGAUCAGAUUCGUACUGCUACGCGGAGGCUUAAGGUCGACCUACAGAGAUCAGCGAUGAAAGAAGGAUGCACGCCACUUUGUCCUUGUGAGUUUCCGAACUGGAAGUCCCAAAUUAUCUGCUUGGCUGCUCUCGAAGAAGUGGAGUUCAAUGGCUUAGAAGGAGAGGAUCAUGAGUUUGAUUUACUUAAAUUGAUACUCGGAUGUGCACCGAUGUUAAAAAGAAUGAUCGUGAAGCUGUCAGAGGAGACCUCGGCAAGUAAUGAUGGAUGCGCAAAGAUAUGCAACAUCUUCAAUGCAUGUUCUUCUGUGGACUGUGAUGUUUAUGACAGCUCUGGUGAGUAUCUGUUUGGCAUGCAUUAUUAG